CAGCAGCAGCAGCAGCAGCCGGAGCUGGGAGACGUAGUGAAAUGCGGCGGUGAGAAACAGAGGAGGCGAAACAGAGAGAGGAGGGAAGAGAGAGCAGAGCUACCGAUAGCAUUUCAUAUUCUCAGAAAGCAGAGGAAACCGGUUGUCCUCCAAUCCUCGGACAUGUGCUGCACCCGGCAGCAGCAGCAGCAGCAGUAGCAACGCAGGCGGCGGCGGGGUGGUGUAGCAGCCUACUCGUCAUUUUGAGGCUCCUUUGGUCUUUUUUUUUUAAAUAAUUCCCUCCGCCCCCAUCCUUGCGUUCUUUUGUAAUGAGCUUGUUGGGAGCUUACAAGAAAAAGACCAGUUACGAUGGCUAUGAAUGUUUGCAGCUGGUCGAUAGCGGCGGAGACAGCUUCGGCUUCGGCAGGGGGAGCAGCAGCGGCGGCGGCGGCGGCGGCUCCAUCGCGGCCACCCUCGGACCGAAGGCAGGCCCACUGAGAGAGGAGGACUGCAGCACCAUGGACAGCUCAGAUAUGGACGCUGGCUAUGGCGGAGGGCUGUUGGACAUGGUGAAGGGAGGAGCUGGCAAGUUCUUCAGCAACUUUAAGGACAACUUAAAAGACACUCUGAAGGACACCUCCACAAAGGUCAUGCAUCAGGUCGCCACGUACACUAAAGGAGAGCUGGACAUUGCGUAUAUUACAUCAAGGAUCAUAGUCAUGACGUACCCUGCUGAGUCAGUCCAGAUUGGCUACCAAAACCAUGUUGAGGACAUUCGCUCGUUCCUCGACAGUCGUCAUGCCGACCACUACACAGUUUUCAACCUUUCACAACGAAACUACCGUGGCGCCAAAUUCUCGAACAGGGUGUCAGAGUGCAACUGGCCUUCUCGCCAAGCUCCCAGCCUUCACAACCUGUUUGCUGUGUGCAAGAACAUGCACAACUGGCUCAAACAGAACCCAAAGAAUGUGUGUGUCAUCACCUGUUCGGAUGGCCGCGCUCCCUCCGGCGUUUUGGUCUGUGCCAUGUUCUGCUUCUGCCACCUCUUCAGUCACCCACUUCCUGCCAUGCAGCUGCUCAGCGCCAAGAGACCAGGAUCCGGACUCUGGCCCUCACACCGCAGGUACAUAGGUUAUGUAUGUAGCAUGGUAUCAGAGAAGCCCACUCUGCCGCACUCCAAGCCCUUGGUGAUCAAAGGCCUCACUAUGAGUCCAAUCCCCUGUUUCAACAAGCAGCGCAGCGGCUGUCGGCCCUUCUGUGACGUCCUGAUUGGAGAGACAAAGAUCUUUACCACAGCACAAGAAUAUGAGAGGAUGAGAGAGCACAGGAUCCAGGAGGGGAAAGUUGUUUUCCCCCUCGGUGUGAGUGUUCAUGGAGAUGUUGUGGUUUCUGUCUACCACAUGAGGUCAACAAUUGGAGGGCGUCUGCAGGCCAAGGUGUCCAACACUCAGAUCUUCCAGAUCCAGUUCCACACUGGCUUUAUUGCUCCUGGAACCACCAUGUUGAAGUUUAACAAACCGGAGCUCGAUGCCUGUGACUCCCCGGAGAAAUAUCCUCAACUGUUCCAUGUGAUCCUUGAUAUGGAGGUAGAAGGAGUGGACAAGCAGAAAGACUUGACGCCGCCGUGGGAGCAGUUUCCCUGUAAAGACCUGAGUCCCAGUGUGCUCUUCUCCGGCCACCAGGAGCAUCAGGACGCAUUGGCUAUUGCAGAACCAAGUCGGCAACACGGAGAAGGUCGGGCCCAUUGUGAGGAGAGCGAGCCCUCCGAUGAUGAAAUGUUGUCGCUGUCGAGCCAGCGAAGCAGCAUCAGCGCUGCCUCUCAGAAACCAGAACCCGCAGCUCCAGUUCCUGCCGCACCGGCACCCACUGAGGAAGUGGACCUUCUUGGCCUGAGUGGGGUAGACAUCAACCGCUCGUGCCCCUCUUCUCAGCCUGCAGCUGCUGCAGCCACUGACCUCCUGGGAGAUUUGUUUGGGUCUCCGCCGCAGCCGGCCAGUGCGCCUUCAUCCACUCAGUCCACUCCGCACAAAGUGGCCCCCAAUACUGCCUCACCGGGUCCGUCCCCUGCUCCACCAGCAUUUCAUCCUUUUGGAACAGCUCCUAUGCCUAAGCCUCAGGAGAUGAUGGGCUCAUUCCUCGGACCAGGUAAUGUGGGGCAGCCAGACCCCUUUGUGCAUGCUGCUCGUUCUCCAUCACCCACCCUGCAGCCUACAAGCCUGGGCAGAAGCUCCCCUGUCCCACCCGCCACACCUACCGUCAACAUUCAGCAGCAAAAUGCCAUGGGAGGUUGGGACUGGAACAGACCUGCCACCACAAGCACAGGGGGAGGUUUUGGUAUCGGCAGUCGAUCAGCCACUACCAGUCCCACAGGUUCAGUCCACAGCACUCCCACCCACCAAACUAAGCCAAACACCUUGGAUCCAUUCGCCGACAUCGCAAACCUGUCUGGAAACCUUGGAGGUGCUUCUGGAUUUUCCAGCAAACCCACCACUCCAACAGGAACAACUCCAUCCUUCCCACCAAUGGGUUCCCCGUCCCGGCCGCAGCCGUCCCCCCAGCACACAGGAGGCUGGCAGCCCCACACGGGAGCCAACUUCUCCUCCUGGCAGCCCAGCGCCGGAGGUGGCGGAGGCGGCGGAGGCUGGCAAGCCCAAGGACAGGGUCCGACUGCCCAACCAAAGCCCAGCCCCAGCCACACCUCCAUUCCUCACACAUCGCCUCAGAAUCGACCCAACUACAAUGUUAGCUUCUCGGCAAUGGGAGGAGGCUCUCCGAGCGCGGGGGGCAAACCAAAGGCGGGAACGGGUUGUAAGCCCAGAGCCUCGGAUGCUAACUUUGAUGACCUGCUGUCCGGUCAGGGAUUUGCAGGGACCAAAGAGAAAAAAGGCCCCAGGACAAUAGCAGAGAUGAGGAAGGAGGAAAUGGCCAAAGAGAUGGACCCAGAGAAAAUUAAGAUUUUGGACUGGAUCGAGGGGAAGGAGCGUAACAUCCGCGCCCUGCUGUCCACCAUGCACACGGUGCUUUGGGAGGGGGAGACACGCUGGAAGCCAGUGGGCAUGGCUGACCUGGUUACCCCGGAACAGGUCAAGAAGGUUUACCGCAAAGCAGUGCUGGUUGUUCACCCUGAUAAGGCAACAGGACAACCUUAUGAACAAUAUGCCAAGAUGAUUUUCAUGGAACUGAACGAUGCCUGGUCAGAAUUUGACAGCCAAGGACAAAAGCCUCUCUACUCCUAAAAGCAAGUGAAAAGAAGUGAGCAACGUCAAGAUGGUCCUUCCAGUUCUGUGUUCUAACCCCUAAAAGUGUCACCACCUCUGAAAUGACUCACCAUGUAACAUCAUCUGCCUUUAUACCUGCGCUUUCAGUCAGAUUGCUCCUUUUGCCCAAAACUCCUAACAUCGGUGACGGCAAUAGACGACCAAACAGACAAAAGAAGCGCUGCUGAAUACAGACGUAUGCUCUCUGUACAUACAGUAUGUGGUGCAACAGCGACAAAGCUCACUGACCCCUUCCCUGACCCCUCAGAUCAGCUCAAUCAAACCAACAGAGACGUCUGGGACACAGAGCUGUUUGGAAACAGGAUACCGCAGGAUAAGAGAAAAACAAAUCAGGGAGCACCUAACGUUCAGCAAACAUUUCAUCGACUGCUCAUUGUCAGAGCUACAGAAAUAGCAGAUACUCUUACUAUAAGGCACAACAAGCAUUUAUAUGCAUUUAUGUUAGCUAGAAUGUAGAGUUUGCUCUUUGAUCUGUGUGAAAAUGCAUUCAGGGUCCAUAGGAUGGGUAAAUUAAAAGGCAGCAACAUCAAGUUACUGUAAAAUUAUCUGAAGGUAGGUUUUUAUUCCACCAAACAUUUUUUGUUCUUUGAAAUACCAUCAAUAUGUGUUCAGCAGAAUUAAGAUUUGAUGAGAUUUCUUUUUUGUUUUUUUUUAUCACUUUUGCCUUGUCAAGUUAAUGUGGUGUAAAGACAUUCCUGGAGGAUGUGUUGAUGCCAUUCUUUAUUUCAUGAUGGUGUUCCCAGGUAAAACUGUGAGCGGACUAGAGAGAACCCCAUCCAUGAAUGCUUUACCUGAAGCAGCUACCAUCAUGUCUUUUUGGAAAAAGUUACUUUUCCAGAUGUCUAAAGCAGUUUGAAAUGAGGCUUCAGUCGAUAAGAUAACUUUACUUAAUUCCUCCAGUCCAUUCCUGGUACUUCAUGUAAAAUGUUGGUCUCUCCUUGAUGUUUGCGUUCGCCUCACAUGCGAAAACACCAACACAUCCCUGCUGCCAUCCCUGAGUAAGCUCCGCACUCAUGGUAAUUUCUCCAUGAAUUUUUUGAUGAUUUGACACAUUGUUUGUUUGUGUGCAUUCUUAAUAUGUGAGGCUGUUCACAUGCAAACCAAUAAUGAUGGCCUGUGUUUCCGUGGAGAUGAUAAUGACUGGCAAAAUAAGAUUUAGAGCAACACUCACUUUUAAAGCAACUAUUGUGUUUUUCUAAUUCAACCAGAGAGCCGUCAGCUGGUCCUUGUUAACACUUUGCUCUGAGCUGAUUGUAAAAUCACUGAAUCAUUUUUGUGGCAGAACUAAAACACAUCAUGAGUUUGUUAUUUUGUAUUAUUAUUAAAUUUGCAGUAAUUGGUUUUAAUCUAAUAAGAAGCAACUUAAAGACAGUAGCUGUCUACUUAGUGAAAACUACUUCUCUGAGCUUUUUGUCUUUGAUUCCUGAUGAGCUUUCAUUUCUGCUAAUUACAUGAUAAUAGGUGUGUAUGUUUAAAAUAAUUGGUUCUUAGAUCAAAAAAUGUGAAAAGAAAUAACACUUUUUUCUGACUACUGAUUCUUUCUGUAAGCUGGGAUUUGUAAAUUGUAGGACUGUAAAGCACCUCAUGCAUAGCCUCAUAAAGUAAUAUCAAUUUGCAAUUGAAAACCUGUGAAAGCACAAACAUUUUAAUGUACUUAAAAAAGCAGCUGAUGCACAUGUUUGAUCAAAUUACAAAGCAAUACGCCUGAAUGACAUAAAUACAUCUGUAUGUUUGCUAAAUGACUUGUGCAACAAUUAAUCUUAGUUUUAUAGAUUAAUCAUAUCAGCCAGGCUGUUUGAGUUCAGUUUGUCUUCAGCCAGACGGGUAAAAUUUGCUGAUAUCAUCACAACACAUAUUUGUUCCACUAAACUGAUAAUCCCACACAAUGACUGCAUUUACCUAGAAAAGGCCAUGUGAGCAACCAGACGUUAAUCAGGAGAAAGAAGCAAACCUAAAUAGAUUUUAUCAAAUAAAUCUUGAUUUAUUACACCAUCAGUCAAAAAAUUAAAGCAAAGAUGUAAAACAUUUGACACAUUUUUGUUUAUUUCGUUCAUUAUUUUGAUAUUACUCCAUCACCUCUUGAAAUUUGAUUUUACCCUUAAUAACUCUUGUCUUAAAAAUAACGAGGAACUGAACUUUAAAAAUUUUAUGUUUUCACUUCGUAUGUGUUGUUUACUUUGAUGAGAUAUUUGUUUCCAUUUUGCACAGUUUCAUAUCAACAGUAAAGUACAGGAGGCUUGACUUAGGGAAGUGUUUGAAAUGGUUUCAUUCCAACCUAACUUGUGUGAGCUUUGUUCCAUUAACAUCUGCUACAAUUGUUCUUCAGUUUGUUUUGGAGCUAAUUGUACUUAUGACACUGUUUCCUCAUAUGGAAAUUGUUUAAUAAUUAUAAUAACGUCCAUGAAAACUUAAAAUAUUAUAAGGCAGAUUUAGACCAGGGCAAACCCGAACUUUUGGCCAAACUGAGGUGUGACCAGAUGGAGUCGGACGGACACGGCACCACAGAGAAGUUGAGUUGAAUUUAGGUCAGGUGUGUUUGGGCUCCAGGAACUGUCUGGAUACUCUUGCCAUAUGAGGCCUGGCGAUUUCGCACACCAGGAGAAACCCAGGACCCAAUGCACCAGUGUACAUUCUUCAACUGAUACCUAAUGGUCAUCUGGUAGAGGUCAGAGUCCCAUCAGUGGAUCUUCUACAGCCCCGCUCAGCUCUCUAAUGACGAGACCAGGAGUCUCCAACCCUAGUCCUCAAGAUCUACCGUCCUCCAGGUUUUUAAUGAAUCAAUUCUCUACACACUUGAAUGAAAUGAAUGACUCAUUACCAGGCCUUUGCCAAACUUGAUUACCAUUCUGAAGAGGUAAUUCAAUCAUUUGUUUCAAAUGUGUUGGGUCAGGGAUCCUUCUAAAACCUGCAGGACAGCAGCUUUCAAGGACUAGGACCGGAGAUUCCUGGACUCACUGGCUGUUUCCUGAAAUCAUCUCCAUGCUCUUGAGACACAGCAAACUUUUUGUGCUGAGUUUCAACCUCUGCAUGGUCCAGUUAUUACUUCAUUCAACCAGGAGCACAGCAACACUGUUUUUGCAUUUGGAUUUUACACAUUAGAACACUUAACCAAUCCAAUGAAAUGUCAAUAAGUUCCUGCACUAUUUGACGUUUAACGUUCUGGUUAAAAUGUGUUAAUAUUAGGAUUUGGGUUUCUUUGUAUUUUCCAGGUAGGGAAGGAAGAACAUAUGUACUUCAAUUCUGAUCCCAGAUUGAAUUUCCUUCUGCGGGUUUUACAGUUUACAUUUACAGUCUGACUGUUGCAG